UUCUCCUUCUCUUCCUUUCUCUUCCUCUCUCUUCCUCUCUCUCUCUUUUCUUUACUUCGCUCAUCAUCAUCAUCCCUCCCCGAUUCCCCAUCUUCCCGUUCGUGAUCCUUCUCUUACUCUCUUUUUUUUUGAUUUUAUCCAUCAACUCGCUCUUGAAAGAAAGUCAAAAAAGAAAUUUCAGCUCACAAUGAGUUUCUCUGUGCAACAGGUCCUAGCCCAUAACAAUGCAGACUCAUGCUGGGUGAUCCACAACAACAAGGUCUAUGACAUGACCUCGUUCGUUCAAGACCACCCUGGUGGAGAGGAAUACAUUCUCGACCACGCAGGAACUGACAUCUCUCAACUCAUGAACGACCCCCUCACCCAUGCUCAUUCCGAUGGUGCAUACGAAAUGUUGGACGAAUUCUUCAUUGGAACUCUGGAAAACACCCAAACAACUACAACCACAACAACAGCCACAACAGCAGCAACGACAACAGCAGCAGAGGAGCCUCUUGGACUGCGCAAAAGAGCCAACAACGCGGCGGACCAACAACAGGAAACAAAAGAAGAAGCCGAGGAUUACCUCAAGACCACCGAUCUGGCAGCAGACAAAAAGUCAAAGUUCCUUGACUUGAGCCAACCUCUACUUUGGCAGCUUUGGAACAGCGACUUCUCCAAGGCAUUCUAUCUUGAGCAGGUCCAUAUUCCUCGUCAUAUCUCUGGCUCUGCCCGGAUCUUUGGCUCUCCUUAUCUUGAGGUCUUCACAAAGACCCCUUGGUACAUCAUCCCUAUCUUCUGGCUACCCAUCAUCACCUACAAUGCUCAUAGAAGUCUGGAGACCGGACUCAGCCCAGACAACUUGGCUGCUCUCUUUGUCCUGGGCAUGUUCCUCUGGACAUUAGCAGAAUAUGUCAUCCACAGAUUCCUUUUUCAUCUGGAUGAUCUCUUACCAGAUUCAACCGUAUGGCUCACCGCACACUUUUUGCUACAUGGCAUUCAUCAUUAUUUGCCAAUGGAUAGAUUGCGUCUAGUGAUGCCUCCUGCUCUCGGAGUUGCCCUGGCUUUACCCCUCAACAAGCUAGGCCACACCCUUUUUGUAGAGCCCCAGGCCUAUGCCGUCAUGGCAGGAGCCUACCUUGGUUAUGUCCUCUAUGACAUGACGCAUUAUUAUCUUCAUCACGCCAAGGUCUUUAAAAUCCACUUUCGUGAAAUGAAGACGUAUCAUCUUGCUCACCAUUACAAGAAUUAUGAAGGUGGAUACGGUAUUACUUCCAAGAUUUGGGAUCGGGUUUUCAACACGGAACUCCAGCUUUGAAAAACAACAGCAACAACAACAACAACAACAACAACAACAAAAAAAAAAAAAAGAUUCA